AUGGGACAAUGUGUCAGCAUUGCCACUAUCUUCAGCUGUGGUUUUGGAGUGGGCGGCCUGGCAUUGAAGGCGCUGCAGAAUCGUGCCUCCGGCUCGGGCGAUUCUGCCGACACAGAGCUGAGGGCCUCAAGCUCCAGCUCCGCUCCUCAAGACGUGGAUGAGGAGUGCAAGUGGCUGCAUAACCUGCUGAACAUCCUUUGGCCCCGGAUCAACAAGUUCCUGCAAGUCAUGGUUCAGGAGCAGAUCAUCCCGGAGAUCGACCGGGCACUGCCCAAGAUGUUGAAAGGCAGUGUGAAGUUUCCCAAAAUCUUUCUUGGGCGCGCGGUGCCAUCGUUCCGUAACAUCCGCUUGAAGGAGCGGGACGACCAAGCUAUCGUCUUGCAGGUGAGCAUAGAGAUGGCCUCCGACAUGGAUGUUGAGAUCCAAGCUUUGAGGGUGCCAGUCGGGAUGAAGCGCCUGCAGUUCUCUGGUGAGCUGAACGUGGUCUUUCAUCCCGAGAAAUCUGCGCCGCCAUUCUUCGGAGGCGUGACAGUGUUCUUCAUCGAUCCGCCCAGGCUGGACAUGGAUUUCACCGGCGCAGCCGACUUUGUGGACAUGCCCGUCCUUCGCAAUGUUGUGAGGUCCACUAUUCUGCAUGCGGUAAGCGGGGCUGUCGUUCUGCCAGCACGGAUCGCCGUCGACCUGAACGAGGACGAUGACACCGAUCAGGCGGAUCUCAGCUUCCCACCUCCCGUGGGCAUUCUGCGAAUCCUCGUGAGGAAGGGCACAGACCUUGUGGCCGCCGAUUUUGGCUUGCGACCCUCUUCGGACCCUUUCGUUGUCAUUGAGGUGGGGCAGCAGCGUUGGCAGUCCUCCGUCGUCGAGAAGUCAUUGAACCCUGUUUGGGAGCACGGAAACGUGCAAGACUUCUUGGUGUACGACAGGGGCCAGAAGGCGAACAUCCAUGUUUACGACAAGGACACUUAUUCUCGCGAUGACCUCAUCGGAUCAGUGUCGCGGAUCGACCUGGAGCCGCUCAUGCUUCGGAAGCCUUGCGACACUGACUUCUCACUCAGCCUGGAGGGGCGGCCAGCCGGCACUUUGCAGAUCUCCUCGCGUUGGUUUGAACUCUCUCCGUCGGCUCCACCCGAUAUCCCUGCGGCCGUGGCGAGGGGACCUUCGCAAUUGGUCCUGGCCGUGAAGUUGUUAGGUAUCACGGACCUGCCAAAGUCCUACAAGCCUCCUUUCGUUGUGCAAGUGGAGGUAAGCACGGUCAAUGCUGUGCUCACAAGCAGAAAAAGCCUGCCGCCCAGCAACAUCAAGCCCGUCGCAGUCGAGGUUGCCGACAUCGCACGGAGGCUGCACAGAGCCCACAAUCCGAUCAACCAAAUCUCGGAGGUCACAGGUCUGGAGCUCCGAGCUGUAAGCCUCGCCAUUGCACAAGACUCCCCACAGAGCUAUGCCCGUGCAAAGGAGGAAGCAGUCGCCGAGCUCAGCGCAACGCAUCCAGCAUUCAACCAGAUCCUGCGACUGCCGCUUCCCUGGACAUCCGAAGUCGUCAACUCUGCUACGGUGUCCCUCAGCCUCUCGGACCGAACGGACAGGCGGCUGGCAAAGGCAGUGGUGGUUCGCCUCGCAGAUGUGGCGGCGGCCGAGGUGGAAGGUGGCUUCGCCCUGAGCUGUGGCGGAACACUCCAAGCAAAGCUGAGCAUCGCCUGGAUGGCACUUCCAAACUGA